GGGAACGCCGGGCCGCUUGGCGGCGGCUGGUGAGACCCGGCCCCGAGCCGCGGGCGGGGUGGGUAGGGCUCGGCGCGGGCCAUCCGCCAGACCCAGCCCGGUCGGAGGCCAGGCCCGACCUCGGCGGUGGGGGCAGCAUGAAGUGUUUGGUCACCGGCGGCAACGUGAAGGUGCUCGGCAAGGCCGUCCAUUCCCUGUCCCGCAUCGGGGACGAGCUCUACCUGGAGCCCCUGGAGGACGGGCUCUCUCUUCGGACGGUGAACUCCUCUCGCUCUGCCUAUGCCUGCUUCCUCUUUGCCCCACUCUUCUUCCAGCAGUACCAGGCCACCACCUCUGGUCAGGAAGCCCUGCGCUGUAAGAUCUUGAUGAAGUCGUUCCUGGCUGUCUUCCGCUCGCUGGCAACGGUGGAGAAGACUGUGGAGAAAUGCUGCAUCUCACUGAAUGGCAGGAGAAGCUGCCUGGUGGUCCAGCUACACUGCAAAUACGGGGUGAGGAAGACUCACAACCUGUCCUUCCAGGACUGCGAGUCCCUGCAGGCCGUCUUCGACCCAGCCUUGUGCCCCCAUGUACUCCGUGCCCCAGCACGGGUUCUGGGGGAGGCUGUUCUGCCCUUCCCCCCUGCACUGGCAGAAGUGACGUUGGGCAUUGGCUGUGGCCGCAGGGUCAUCCUGCGCAGCUACCAGGAGGAGGAGGCAGACAGCACCGUCAAAGCCAUGGUGACCGAGAUGAGCAUUGGGGAGGAGGAUUUCCAGCAGCUGCAGGCCCAAGAAGGGGUGGCCAUCACUUUUUGCCUUAAGGAAUUCCGGGGACUCCUGAGCUUUGCGGAGUCAGCAAACUUGUCUCUUAGUGUUCACUUCGAUGCACCAGGCAGGACCUGUCAUCUGCCUAGGCCAGCCAUCUUUGCUGUCAAGGAUUCUCUGCUGGAUGGACACUUUGUCCUGGCCACACUAUCAGAGUCGGACCUGCACUCCCCAGCCCUGUGCUCCCCAGAGCUCCACAGGCUUGCGCCUCCACUCCAAGCUCACAGCACACCCCACCUGGAUGACUUUGCCAGUGAUGACAUUGAUUCUUACAUGAUUGCCAUGGAAACUACUGCAGACAGCGAGGGCUCCCGGGCAGUACCCUCCAUCCCCCUUUCACCUGGACUCCAGCCCCCCUGUAGCCCUGGCCCCUUCUCAGAAGACCAUGAAGCCGAGCCCAGUACAGAGCCUGGGACUCCCCCACCCAAGAAGUUCCGCUCCCUGUUCUUUGGCUCCAUCCUCGCCCCUGUACACUCUCCUCCGGGCCCCAGCCCUGUGCUGGCUGAAGAUAGUGAAGGUGAAGGCUGAACUGAGAACAAGCCCGUGUCCAGAGGCUCUGGAUUGGAUGAAACCACAGCCUCCUCCUUCCCCCAGCAGCAGCCCAGGGAUGGGGCUAAUCACCCUGGUGGUUGGUAAAGGUGGGCUGUGUUGGAGUGGAGCACUGGUCUUGCUGCCACCCCAGGUCCUUCCUGGCUCUGA